AUGUGCUCCGUCGCUCGGGCUACAGGGGUCGGGGUUCUCCAGCUGAUGAUGAACCGGGGGUUGAGGCUGGAUCAGUACGCCCUCGGCGGCGCUCUGCGCGAAUGCUCCGCCCAACACCGCCUCCUCCCCGGGCAGCAGCUACACGCGCUGGUGUACAAGUCAGGGUUCGACGGUAGCGCCGCCGUCGUCGCCGGCCUCGUUGACAUGUAUUCCAAGUGCAGGAUGGUGGCGGAGGCCGUUCGGGCUUUCGCCACCGUGCCGCCCCCGGAGCGCGACGGCAACUGCGUCCUCUGGGCGGUCAUGGUGGCGGGCCACGCCCGGAAUGGCGAGCCUGUCCGAGCCGUCCGCCUCUUCUGCGACAUGCGGUCAGCGGGCGUGUCUCCGAACCAGUUCACCUUCCCGACCGUGCUGACCGCCUGUGCCGCCGCCGCGGAAGCGGCGCCGGGCGUGGGCUUCCAGGUGCACGGCUGCGUGGUCCGCAGCGGCUUCGGCGGGAACGCCUUCGUGAGGAGUUCGUUGGUCGAGAUGUACGUCAAGUGCGGGGAUCUCACCGCGGCAAGGAAGAUCCUGGAGACGAGGGAAGAUGGCGGCUCCGGCGACGGCGGAAACGAGGUCGGCUGGAACUCGCUCAUGGCGGGGUUCGUGCGAGGCGGGCGAGCAAAUGAAGCGCUCUCUCUGUUCGUCGAAAUGCGCCGGAGGGGUGUCGAUGAGGACGAAUUCACGUACCCAUCCGUCCUCAACUCGCUGGCGGCCGCCGGGUCGGUGGCAGAGGGGGGCGCCGUCCACUGUUCCAUCGUGAAGUCGGGUUUCGGUGAAGGUUACGUGCACAUCGGCAACGCAUUGGUGGACAUGUACGCCAAAUGCGGCGACCUGGAGAGCGCCCACGGCGUGUUUGACCACAUGCCAAGCAGGGACGUGGUGUCGUGGACGUCUCUGAUCACGGGGUGCGCCCGCCGUGGCCUCUACGAGGCUGCACUCCACCUGUUCUGCGAAAUGCGCGCCACCGGCGUCGAGUCGGAUUACGUCGUCGCAGCGGGGGCUCUGAGCUGCUGCGCGGGGCUUCCCGCCCUGGCGCUGGGGGAGCAGGUCCAUGCCGGGAGCGUCCGGCGGGGGCUUGAUGCAUUUGUCUCGGUGGGCAACGCGCUGGUGACCAUGUACGCCAAGGCCGGCUGCAUCGAGGAGGCUCGUCAGGCGUUCGACGCGAUUUCCCACAGAGACGCCAUCACCUGGACGGCCCUCAUCGUGGGAUAUGCGCAGAACGGGCGCGGCAGGGAGUCGCUCCGUCUGUACCACCGCAUGGUGGAGAGCGGCGCGCGGCCGGACUACGUCACCUUCAUCGGCGUCCUCUUCGCCUGCAGCCACGCGGGCCUGGAGGAGGAAGGACGGCGGCACUUCGACUCCAUGGAGAGGACCCACGGGGUGGCCCCCGGGCCGGAGCACUACGCCUGCAUGGUCGACCUUCUGGGGCGGUUGGGGAAGCUCUCCGCCGCCGCAGAGCUACUGGACCGGCCGGGGUUCGCGCCGGACGCGGCGGUGUGGAAGGCCGUGCUUGCGGCGUGCAGGGUCCACGGGGCCACGGCGGGGCUGGCGGAACGUGCAGCGGAGGCGCUCUUCCGCGCGUGCCCCGGCGACGCCGCGCCGUACAUGCUGCUGGCCAACAGCUACGCCGCGUCGGGGAGAUGGGAGGAAGCACGGCGGGUGCGCCGCCUGAUGCGGCGGCGGGGGGUGAGGAAGGAACCCGGGUGGAGCUGGACGGAGGUUGGGGGGGAGGUGCACGCCUUCCGGGCGGCGGACAGGGGCCACCCACGGGCAGCGGAGAUAUACGCCAAGGUGGAAGAGAUGAUGGAGAGGAUAGGGGAGGCGGGCUACAGGGCGGACCUGGGAUGGGCGCUGCACCAGACGGCGGAUGCAGCGGUGGAGCUGGCACACCACAGCGAGAAGCUGGCGGUGGCUUUGGGGCUGCUGAUCGCCCCGCCGGGGAUGCCCAUACGCGUGUUCAAGAACCUGCGGAUCUGCGGGGACUGCCACCAGGCGCUGAAGCUGGUGGCCAAGGUGUACGGGCGCGUGGUGGUGGUGAGGGACGCCGCCUGCUUCCACCACUUCGGGCGGGAAGGGAUCUGCUCCUGUGGGGAUUUCUGGUAG